CCACCGGGCAGCCACUGGGGCACACGCCCCUGCUCCGGACACUUUACUGCUUUGGGUCCGGGAUGAAGCCCGGAGGCCCCACGACGACCCCGGAGUUCGAGUCGGCCGACGUGGCCCUGGGUCCGCCGCGGCCCUGGGCCUGCCCGGCUGACGUGCGGCUCUGCGGCCACCUGCGGAAGCAGAAGUCCCAGCGCCGCCGCUUCUUUGUGCUCCGCGCCUACCCGCAGCGCCUCGAGUGUUACGAGAGCGAGAAGAAGUUCCGCGCCGGCCGAGCGCCGCCUAAGUUCAGCGUGAGCCUGGAGGGCGCGUGCACCAUCAGUAAGCGCGUGGACGCGCGUCAGCGACACCUGAUCGUCCUGUACACGCGCGACCGCAGCCUGGGCGUGGCGGCGGCCAGCGAGGCGGAGCAGCAGGCGUGGUACAGCGCCCUGCUCCAGGCGCGCGCCGCCGCCGCCGGUCCCGACUCCCACGAGGACCCCGGGGCCUGGAUCCUCGCUCCGUUUCAGGACGUCUGGCCCGUGACGCUGCGGCCCAAGGGGCUGGGGCGGGCACGAGGCCUGGGCAGCGGCGACUACUGCCUGUGCCUGGGUUCUGGGGUACUGAGCCUGCUGCGGAAGCCCGGGGGCAGAAGCUCCAGGGCCUCCCGGCCAUCUCCGCCGCCGGCCCUGCGCUUGUCCCUGCUCAGCGUGCGGCGCUGUGGCCAUGCCGACGCUUUUUUCUUCCUGGAGCUUGGCCGCUCGGCACCCACGGGUCCCGGGGAGCUGUGGCUACAGGCGCCCGACGCCGUCGUGGCCCAAAGCAUUCACGAGACUGUCCUGGCCGCCAUGAAACGAAUCGGGGACAGUGGUGCCGGCGGCAGGGCUGAGCCACUGCCAAGAAAGCCCCCGACGAGCGCCUCCACACCCUCUGUCCCUCAAUCUUAUGAGACCCCAGCCUCUGCGGCCCAAUCAAGCAGCCUGUACCGUCCGGGGCGCCUGAGUGAGAGAAGCGAGCAAGCAACCCUCAAGACCCUGGCCAGGCCGGGGGCAGCAGCCUCACACCCCGAGGGGUUGGAGCUGGGCGGGGUCUACAUAACCAAGGGAGCCAGGAGUGACUACGAACCCAUGGGGGGCGGCCAAGCCAGUGGCUACGUGGUGAUGGCAACCCCGGGCCUUCCUGCCUCAGCCAAAGCCGCUUCCCACCAGCUGCUCCAGGAUGGAGGGGUCACUGAAUAUGUGUCCAUGAGCCUCUGUGCACCACGGUCCUUUUCCUCCAGCUUCUUGCCUCUUUCCUACAGGCCUGGGGCCGGGGAGCCUGGACCCGGGCUCCAAGGCCCUCAUCUAGGCGUGGCAGACGACUGGGGAUCCGCAGGGGCUCAGCGCUGCUUGCAGCCGCCGUCAGAGUUAGCCGGGGAGUACGUGUGCAUUGAGUACGCGGCCGCCGACUACAUAGGAAUGGGCACUGACAUCCCGGAGCCCCCUGACGGCGGCCUCAACUAUGUAGACCUGGACCUGGUCCCUCCCCUGGAGGUGCAAGGCGACGCCCCCGGGGCCAGGAACCGCCCACACAGCUACGCACACAUCGAGUUCCAGAACCUCGGGGAGGCCCCGAGUUCCUGCAGCAUCGCUCCAGAGUCUCAAAUCAGCCUUGGCCCCACACCCUGCCUCCAAUGAUGACGAUCACGAAGACAGAGAUCUACCCCUCCCCCCCCACACACACACCUGCUGUGCUUGCCUGGUGUUGGCUGAACUCCUGGGACCCCAGAGCAAGAAGGAUGAGAGCAACAGGUAUCUUACACUAGUGCCCUCCCG